GGAAGUGGAAGUGGAAGUGAUGAAAUGGGCAUAACCCAUCUUCCACGGCUCUUCAUUUAAGUGCGCAAUUAGUGCCAUCAAUUCCCUUUUUCAAUUUCAUUGUUCCCACAUUUCUCUGUUUUUGGCGCUUCUUCUUCCAUUUCUUACCUUUUCCCCUUCUACUGUCUUGUCAUCUUCUUCCAUUUUCCCUGUCGAUUUAUAAAUUUUGGUGAAGAAAACGGAUAGAUGGAUGGUUGAUGGAUGAUAAAUAAACGCCCCUCUCUAUAUCCACAUUUACUUCGGAGACUGUGGCUGUCAUUUGUGGUUGUUGCGCCAGUUAAAUCAGACCGAAUUGCCCCCAAUUUCUCUCUCUCUCUCUCUCUCUCUCUCUCGAACCCUAGAUUUUCUUUUUGAAUUUGGGUUCUGGGUUUGCGGUGGAGAAGUUCCACGAGGUGGGAUUUUGAGCUUUUGUGGUUCUGGGAUCGAUUUGGUUUGAGUUUGAGCUGUAAUGGGGGAAGAUAAUUCGGGCCUGAUUGAGGGAGGUGGCAAUGGCGGUUGUUAACCCACUUCUCAUGCAUUGCCUCCAUGGGAAAGAGCGAGGAAGAACAGCCGCUGCCGGUUGGAGUGAGCUCCUCCGAGCUUUCUGAUUGGACUGUACAGAGUAGAUGUGGCGGCGGCGGGUGCUUUGCGAUUCGUAGACUGAUUGCUGUGAGAUGUGUCUUCUUCCUGUUACUGUCGGCGGCUGUGUUUCUUUCUGCUAUUUUUUGGCUGCCGCCGUUCCUUUCAUACGGAGAUUGGCCGGAUCAGGCGGCUGAUUCUACUUAUAGAGAUCAUGAAAUAGUAGCGUGUUUUCGUGCUCGGAAGCCAGUUCCUUUUCUGAAAAACCAUAUUUUUGAGCUUGAAGAUAACAUUUUUGGAGAAAUUCCUGUUCCUUUUGUCAAGGUGGCUGUCCUCUCGCUACAAUCAUUAGGCGGAUCGAACGUAACAGAUAUCAUUUUCUCUGUAGAUCCUGAUGCCAAGUAUUCAAAAAUUCCCCCAACUUCUCAAAGUUUAAUCAAGGAAACGUUUGAAACAUUGGUUAUAAACGAUCCUCCUCUCAGAUUGAACGCAUCGUUAUUCGGCAAUACUUCGUUGUUCGAGGUGUUGAAAUUUCCUGGUGGGAUAACUAUUAUUCCUCCUCAGAGUGCAUUUCUUCUGCAGACAGCACAGAUCUAUUUCAAUUUUACGUUGAAUUAUUCUAUAUAUCAAAUUCAAGUGAAUUUCAAUGAUCUUACCAGCCAGCUGAGGUCGGGAUUACGUCUAUCUCGUUAUGAGAAUUUAUAUGUUAGCCUAUCGAACGAACGAGGUUCGACAAUGCAGGCUCCUACUAUUGUUCAGUCGUCUGUUCUGAUGGCUAUUGGGACGAAUUCAUCGAAUCAAAGACUCAAACAGUUGGCUCAAACCAUCACGAAUUCUCAUUCAGGAAAUCUUGGCCUGAACAACACUGUUUUUGGCAAGGUCAAGCAGGUGCGUCUUUCGUCGGUUCUAAACCACUCUCUUAGUGGCGGUCAAGCACGGUCACCUUCACCUGCUCCUCUGCCUCAUUCUCACCCCCACCACCCCCAUCAUCACCACCACCACCACCACCACCACCAUCAACACCACCAUCAACACCACCAUCACCAUCACCAUCACCAUCACCAUCACCACCAUCACCACCACCACCACCACCAACACCACCACCAGGACGCUGCAUAUUCACCGAGUCCUGGAACAGAGGAGCACAAACAUGCACCGAAGAAUGGGAUCUCAUCCGCUGCAUAUUCACCGAGUCCUGGAACAGAGGAGCACAAACAUGCACCGAAGAAUGGGAUCUCAUCCGCUCCUGAAGCUGGUUCAUCCCCAGUGGAAAGUCCAGCCUCAAAGAAACGUAACUACGAAGCAACUCCACCUGGUUUUCGAUAUGGAUAUAAAGGGUUGUCAACAAAAGUCAGAAAACGAUCUCAUUUAGGCUCUAUUCCGUCUCCAAGCAGUCCUCCAUCGUCGCCAUACUUGCGAGUAGGUCUGCCAGCACCGGUCACGGUUUCUAUAUCUGCUUCAAGUCCACUGCCAGGGGUAGCUCUAUCUAAUGUACAGCCUCCAGAAAAAGGCGACAGAAGUGCCCCUUCAGUCUUGCCACCACAAUUUUCUUUUUCUGUAGGUGUUCGUGUUCAUACAAUUCGAUGGACACUCGCACUGUUUCUUGUUGUAUGGCAUGUAUAACCAAGGAGAUAGAACCUACAUGCGUACUUCUGGGUAACAACAGGACUCGUAAUUGAUAUCAGAGUUGUGAUAGCGAUAGCGAGACCGACGCAAAGGCGUGCUCCUGCUAGAGUUGAUAUUAAUGUAAAUAUGAGAUGAAGCAAGUUAGGAGAUGCAGUUUUCCAGGUCAAAGUCACAGAGGUGGCAGGCCUUGUGUUGUUUUUCUUCUGCAGAAAAUGUAAAGUAGAGAAGAAACAGCAAAUGGAUCUUGUUCUCAACUUCUUAAUCAACCAAUUACAAUUUUUCACCCCACAAAAACCCUCAUUUAAGCCAACUACUAUAUUAGCACCUGUCUUUUUUUUUAAUUUUAA